AUGACCGACAGCACCAAGGCCCCCGAUGUCAAGGAUACGAUGCCGCCAUCUCCGCGGGCAGAUCCGCCCAAAGGGUUUACGGCCGGAGAUGUAAUCAAGCCCGAUGACGAACUCGACGAAGAUGAGGAACUGGCCGUGGCGCUACAGAAUCACGUGCCUGAUACCGCAGAGGAGAAGCGUCUCGUCCGGAAGAUAGACUUCGUGCUGCUUCCAUGCCUUUGGUGGAUGUACGUGCUAGCCUACCUCGAUCGGGGGAACAUUGCCAAUGCGAAUGCUGCCGGUAUGAGCGAUGACCUUCAAAUGGCCGAUAAUGACUACUCCCUGCUGGUCUACCUUUUCUUUGUAGGGUACUUUCUCUGCGAGGUCCCUUCAAACAUGAUCAUGAACAAAUGUCGGCCUUCUCUCUACCUUCCCACCAUUGUCUGGGUCUGGGGUUGUGUCGUUAUUGGUCUAUCGCAGACAAAGAGUUACAACGGCUUUUUAGCCGGUCGUUUCUUCUUGGGUUGCAUUGAGGCUGGUCUGUUCCCAGGUGCCAUCUUUCUCCUGACCUGCUGGUACACGAAGAAAGAGAUCGGCAAACGGUUCUGUAUCUUCUACACGUCUGGCUGCAUUGCCCCAGCCCUUGGUGGUAUCAUGGCUGGCGCCAUCAUCAAAGGUCUCGAAGGAACGCGCGGAAUCCCUGGAUGGCGCUGGCUUCUCAUCAUCGAAGGAGUUCUCACCGUCGCUUGCGGGUUCGGGCUCUAUUUUAUUCUCCCCGACUAUCCUCAAAAUGCGCGAUACUUCUCGUCGGAAGAGCGUCGCCUCGCCAGGAUCCGGAUUCUAGUCGACCGGCAACUGAGCGUCCACGCCACGACUCGCCGGAUGACCUCAUGGGAAGCGUUCAAGUCGGUGGUAUGCGAUGGCAAGACGUGGUUCUUCCUCGUGUCAUACAGCAUCAUCAUUAUCGGCAUGUCCAUCUCGUACUUUGUCCCGACCAUCCUCAAGGCGAUGGGCUACACCAAUGUAACGGCUCAGUGGAUGACGGUUCCGAUCUGGGUCACGGGUGCGGUGUGCCAGCUAGCGUUGUCGUGGACCUCAGACAAAACCCAGGACCGUCGAUGGCACAGUGUCGGCCUGUUUGGACUCGCGGUCGUCGCUUGCCUCGUUUCGGCAGUCGUCAAAUCCGCCAUCGCCAAAUACGUCAUGAUGUGUCUGCUCGUGGCGGGGCUGUACACGGGUCUGCCGCUGAUGCUCAACUGGACGAGCGAGUCGAUUCCGUUUCCGGACCAGAAGAGGUCGGUGGCGAUCGCGAUGGUCAACUCGUUUGGACACCUUGCCAUCAUCUACGGGAGCUAUCUGUGGCCCAGCACGGGUGCGCCACAGCACUUGGUCGGGUUCUCGACUUUGACUGCCACCUGCGGACUGGGGGCCUUGCUUGCCAUCGCGGCUCCUUGGGUGUUCAGGCUUCUUCCGAAACAGCCAGUGACGAAGGUCGAGCGCGAAAUCAUGGCCCUGAAUGAGCAUGGCUCUUGA